CUCCGCCUACAAACGCUUCACAUAUAUCAUGGCAUGGCCACCCAACUGCGGCUAGGCAGGCAAUUUUGCAGGCCGUGGUAUGGCGUUGAGAUAUAAGAUGACCAGCACCUCUUCCAAAAAAAAAGGGGGGGCGUUCAAUCUCUGUGCAACGUUGAAUUGAACAGAACAAAGCAAUACAAAUACACGUCCUCAUAUCACGAUUACGAAGCUUGACUAGAUCAGAAAACUUUUUGAAAGUAACUUACGUCGGAUCACUACUCAUUAUCAUUUCCGUGGGCACUAAACGUCCACUUUAUUGGUCAAAUUCAACAAUGGCCAUUUCAGAUAUACAUCAACAGGUUUUCGCACCUCCCCCAGCAGCAAAAUUCUCAGAGAAUGACAGGAAUACUCCCGUCGUAAGCUUCGGAAAGUUUCAAUUCUAUGCUUUUCUCGACUAAUAGUCAUCAGCUACCACUUUACAGCAGCCCCUAUACAGAAGCGGCACCGCCGCCUCCUUAUAUGCCGCCAUCAGCAGGCUUCCGACAAUUACCAGCACCAUACAAACAACAAAUACCAGGACCUGUACAGAUGCGGCCUAGGCAAAAUCGGCGAGGGGCAUAUUACUGUAUUGCUGUGGGCGCGGUUGUUCUUCUUAUCAUCCCGGCGAUAAUAUUCGGGGUGGUCAUUACUCGGGUGAACAACGAUGUUGAUUUUAGUCAAAGGCAUGGAUGCAUAUCUUCUACGAAAGAGGCUUUCUCCACUUGUGACGAUUAG